AGCCCCAGCCCCAGCCCCAGGUGCAACAAAGGAGAAUAACUGCUAGAUCCAACCAAAGCAAUCAUGAAUGACGUUUCCCAAAAGGCGGAGAUUCUACUUUCUUCAUCUAAACCUGUCCCAAAAACCUAUGUGCCAAAACUUGGCAAGGGCGAUGUAAAGGAUAAAUUUGAAGCCAUGCAGAAAGCAAGGGAAGAAAGAAACCAAAGGCGUUCUAGAGAUGAAAAACAAAGAAGAAAAGAACAAUAUAUUAGAGAGAAAGAAUGGAACAGGAGAAAGCAGGAGAUUAAAGAAAUGCUUGCUUCUGAUGAUGAAGAGGAGAUGACAUCUAAAAUAGAAAAGGCUUAUGUCCCUAAACUAACAGGAACUGUUAAAGGCAAAUUUGCUGAGAUGGAAAAGCAAAGAGAAGAGGAACAAAGGAAAAGAACUGAGGAGGAAAGAAAGCGCAGAAUUGAGCAAGACAUGUUAGAAAAGAGGAAAAUUCAGCGUGAGCUGGCCAAGAAAGCAGAGCAGAUUGAGGACAUAAACAAUUCGGGAACUGAAUCAGCAUCAGAGGAAGGUGAUGAUUCAUUGCUUGUAACAGUAGUGCCUGUAAAAUCAUCUAAAACAUCUGGAAAAAUGAGAAAGAGUUUUGAGGACCUGGAAAAUGAACGAGAGGAACAAAAAAUUAGCAAGUAUGAAGAAGAAAAAGGAAGAAAUGAAGAACAAAGAUGUUCUCUAAAGGAAGCCAAAUGCCUUUCAUUUGUCAUGGAUGAUGAAAUGGAGAACCAGGGAACAAAGGAAUCUCUUUCUCCUGGAAAGCUGAAAUUAACUUUCGAAGAAUUGGAAAAACAAAGACAAGAAAAUCGUAAGAAGCAAGCUGAGGAGGAAGCGAGGCGACGUCUGGAAGAGGAGAAACGGGCCUUUGAGGAAGCAAGACAGCAGAUGGCCAAUGAAGAGGAAGAAAACCAAGAAACUGAAUAUUCUUUUAAAGAAUACCGCCCAGGGAAACUCAAACUCAGCUUUGAAGAAAUAGAAAGACAAAGGAGAGAAGAAGAAAAAAGAAAAGCAGAGGAAGAAGCUCGAAGGCGAAUAGAAGAAGAAAAGAAGGCCUUUGCAGAGGCCAGGAAGAGCAUGGUUUUGGAGGAUGAUGUGCCAGAGAUGUAUAAAUCAGUCUCUCAAGAGUCUCUAACUCCAGGAAAGCUAGAAAUUAAUUUUGAGGCUUUACUGAAACAAAAAAUGGAAGAAGAAAGGAAACGAACUGAAGAGGAACGGAAGCAAAAACUAGAAAUGGAAAAACAGGAAUUUGAACAACAGAGAAAAGAAAUGGGAGAGGAGAAGGAAGAGAGUGAAACUUAUGAAUUAAGCAGGGAGUAUGAAGAAUUAAUUAAAUUAAAAAGAAGUGGCUCCAUUCAAGCUAAGAAUUUAAAAAGCAAAUUUGAAAAAAUUGGUCAACUCUCUGAGGAAGAAAUACAGAAAAAGAUUGAAGAAGAACGAGCUCGGAGAAGGGCAGUUGAUCUCGAAAUUAAGGAGCGAGAGGCAGAACAUUUUCAUGAGGAUGAUGAUGUUGAUGUGAAACCUGCCAAAAGAUGUGAAGCUCCUUUUACGCACAAGAUGAAUAUGAAGGCUAGGUUUGAACAAAUGGCAAGAGCAAGGGAAGAAGAAGAACAAAGAAGAAUUGAGGAACAAAAAUUACUACGCAUGCAAUUUGAACAAAAGGAAAUUGAUGCUGCAUUACAAAAGAAAAGAGAAGCAGAGGAGGAAGAAGAGGGGGUCAUUAAUGGAUCAACUAUAGAAGAUGAAGAGGAACAAGCUCGAUCAGGGGCUCCCUGGUUCAAGAAACCUCUCAAAAAUACAUCUGUUGUAGAUAGUGAGCCAGUGCGGUUCACUGUUAAAGUUACAGGAGAGCCCAAACCCGAAGUUACCUGGUGGUUUGAGGGAGAAAUGUUGCAAGACGGAGAAGACUACCAGUAUAUUGAGAGAGGAGAAACUUACUGCCUCUAUUUGCCAGAAACCUUCCCGGAAGAUGAAGGGGAAUAUAUGUGCAAAGCAGUCAACAGUAGAGGCACGGCUGCUAGCAGCUGUAUUCUCACCAUUGAAACUGAUGACUACUAAUGUGCUAUUUUUAUGCUGGCACCCCACCUUCCUUCUCCUCAACUCUCUCUCGGCAUCCAUCUUUCUGACGGGGGUCACAAAGGAAACCAGAAGCUGGGCCACAGCGAGUUGCCAUUCCUGCACUAGAUGUUUAAAGUCACCUCAAGUUGCAUGAGCCUUCCUGUUUUCAAUGCCUCCCCUGCUGUGGUGGUUAGUUUAGCACCAAAAUACAUGGAAAAUAAAGUCCAUCUAAUUGGAAGUUCCAAUUAUAGUCCCAUGUUCCUGAAACCACUUUUCAGAAGGUAGCAGACUAAGUCAAAUCCUGUGACUGCACAAUAGCUUUCUUCUAAUCAGGACUACACCUGUCACAUUAUGGCAAACACUUUAGAAUGAAAACUUGUUAUAUUGUACUCUCCCAAGCGCUUAGUACAGUGUUCUGAACACAGGCAGCACUCAAAGUGAAUAUGAUUGAAAUAAAAUGUUGGCUGGAAAGUGGCUAUUUUGAAACCACUGGUGAAUAAGUAGCCAGAGCCUUACCAGAGUUUAAAAACUAAUUUUAAAAGCUUGAGUAGUUACAAUGUGAUAAAAUGGACAUGAAGAGAAAAUGGGUAGUGCACUCCUGUACAAUACAACUUUCUAACCAUUUUCAUUGAUGCAAAAUGAUUUUAAAAGGUUUAUAAUUUUAAAAGUAUCAACACACAGAAGGGGCUCAAAUAGUAAUGACUGAUUAGAGUAGACAAAUGUAGUCCAAGUCUUCUGGUCUGUUAAAAACAGCAGGGUGGAUUUGGAAGGAAACACUAAGCCAAUUUUCCUCAGACUGCGGCUCUUUUGAAAUGAACUGAUAGAUAUUUGACUCCCAUGUUCAAUCUAAAGUCGUUGUCUUAUUUUUUCAAGAUGCUGGAGCAGGACUUUAUUUUUAGUGAGAUUAUAAUAAAUAACUGCAUUCUGUUACAAAAUUUCUUCUGUCAUCCUUCUUAAAGGGUUUUUUUUUUUAAAUAAAGGGAAAUGACUGGAA